AUGAUGACCAGCAAUUGGAUGGUCAUCAAUGGCGACUGGCCGCUUCCCGCUGCCCCCCGUCCGUCCAAUAUCACAUCCCCUUCCUUGAGUCCUCAAGGCCUGGGAGUCGAUUCUUCCGCGUGUACGUUGGGUACCGGUGGCUUGGCAUACCCUCCUGGGUUGGGCCCUCAAGACAAUGGUACUUCCGCUCCCGCCAAUAACGAUACGCUGUUUGUUUGGGGUACUGGGGUCCCUCCUCCCAAUCCGGUCCGAACAGACCUUGACCCCUCUGAGGGGGUUGCGGAAUCCAAACCUGACGCCAACGCCGCUGAGUCCACUGAUGCUGACUCUCCAAUGCGGUCUCUGUCCCCGCUAGUACUUGCUCCUGUACCGAUUGCAGACUACCCGUCCCUAUCCGAUGCUGAUAUCCAAGUUCUUCUCUGUCCAACCGAGUACCGGGGUGUGGCAAUCCCCAAUGUGCACUCCGACAAGGUAACCUAUCUCUACAAGAAUUUUAUCACCAGUUUCGUCUUCUACUGCCGCGGAAACCGCUUGUUCGAUGAGCUCUUGAUGCCUACCAGUGUUGCCUUAUUCAAACACUAA